AUGGGACCUUACAAAUAUUUGUUGUGUUCUGUUUCAAUUUUUGAAAUGUGCUAUUCGUUUUUGGAUAUUCUAAUUUCUCCAAUAAUAUUUUCUCAUGGUUCAAUCUAUAUGAACAUUGUUCAUACAAAAAAUCAUUUUCUUUCUCCUCAAAUUCUCCUCGUAUUAAACGCCGUAUAUUGUGGAUUUUUCGGUUCUUUUAUGGCUGUUUUCUCAAUAAAUUUCAUUUAUCGAUAUUAUGUAGCAGCUGGUUCGAAAUUGCUUCAAACUUUCAAAGGUUAUCGAUUGUGUGUCUGGGCAUUACUUCCAUUAUCAUAUGGAACCUGUUGGGGAUUGGUAUGUUACUUUCUAAUUGGACCCAAUGAAAAAAUAGACAUGAUAAUGGGAAAAGAAGUUAUGAUGGAAUUCGGAUGGCCAAUGACUGAGAUUAAUUAUAUCGGUCCUUAUUGUUAUCAAUUUCAAGAAGAUGGCUCUUACGAGAUUGAUAUUAAUUCAUUGAUUGCACUUGCUUCAAUGGUUUCUAUGAUUAUAUCUUCAGUUGCUGUCACUUUCUAUUAUGGUUUCAAAUGUUAUUUAAGAAUCACUAAACUGAUGUCAAAUUCAUCGCGAAAUAUGAAGAGUCUACAAUCUCAAUUAUUCUACGCCCUUGUUACACAAACAUUGAUCCCAGUUUUCCUAAUGCACAUUCCAUGUUUUUGUAUUUUUUCUUUUCACUUUACUCAACAAAGAUAUUGGAACACUAAGUGGAAUCGGAACUUUCACAUUUGCACUAUUUCCAGCUCUUGAUCCUUUUCCAACAAUGUUCAUUAUCAAACAAUAUAGACAGGGAGUACUUGAUUAUUCCGGUGGAAAAAUAUUCAGUAUUUUGAGAAGAACAAAACCACCGAGUAAUGUAGAGCUUAAUAUGCGAACACGAAUAUGA